AUGAUUUUGGGUCAAUAUCGUACGUUAGCUUCGUUCAAAUGUGUUGCACCAACGCUUGCCUUCCACUUACGUCAAAUGCCUAAAACUAUUGGAGACGUCGUACAAAGUUUCAGUUCGAAAUGUGGUAGUGGUUCCGACAGCAAAGUUAAAAAGUCAAAGAAAAUCGGAAAUAAUAAAAAAUCUGCAUGUGGUGGCGGUACUGACGGCAAAGGUAAAAAGAAAGAUGGAAAAGAUAACCUAUCCGCAGUGCUGCAUGGCAUCGAAGAUUUGCGAUUGGAACAAACCCCUAUACCAGAAGUACUUCCAGGACAGGCACUGCUAGCCAUGGACACAGUGGGUAUUUGUGGUACCGAUGUACACUACUUAACAAAAGGCAGAGUCGGCUCGUUUGUGCUGAAAGAACCUAUAAUUAUGGGACACGAAGCUUCGGGUAUUGUCGCAAAAUUGGGCAAAGGUGUUAAGAAUUUGAAAGAGGGUGAUCGUGUCGCCAUUGAACCGGGUGAAUGCUGUCGCAUAUGCGCACUUUGCAAGAAGGGCAGAUACAAUUUAUGUCCGCAUAUGAAAUUCUGCGCCAACCCACCAUAUAAUGGCAAUUUGCGUCGCUAUUACAAUCAUAUGGCGGAUUUUUGCUAUAAAUUACCCGAUCAUGUGACAAUGGAGGAGGGUGCUUUGCUGGAACCAUUAUCGAUUGGUGUAGCUUCGUGUCGACGCGCAAAAGUUCGGCUCGGUUCGCAUGUACUCAUCAUAGGUGCGGGUCCUAUAGGAUUGGUGACACAUAUUGUGGCAAAAGCAUGGGGUGCUGCCUCGACGACAAUUCUCGAUUUAAAUGAGCAACGACUUCAGGUGGCAAUGGAUUUGGGUGUGACCCACGCAUUGACGGUGUGCAAAGAUAUGGAUGUGCAAGAAGCAGCCAAGAAAUUAAUUAAAGAAAUCGGAGUUAGGCCAGAUAGAACUAUCGAUUGUGUGGGCAAUGAACAAGCAGUGCGACUGGGCAUUUAUUGCACACGUUCUGGUGGCAUAUGCACAGUUACCGGCAUGGGCGCGGCGGACAUAAAGUUUCCUCUAAUGGAAGCGCUUACAAGGGAGGUGGAUCUGAAGGGUGUCUUCCGUUACUGCAAUGACUAUCAAUCUGCUUUGGAAUUAGUGGCUACAAAGAACACGGGUGUGAAGAAGCUGGUGACGCAUCAUUUUGACAUUAAAGAUACUAUUGAAGCUUUUGACACGUCCCGUCAUAGAAAGGGCAAUGCUAUAAAAGUACUUAUACAUGUGCAAAAACGUGAUAAAAACAACAAAAAACCAUUUGACAAGUAAGCAAACGCUGUUGUAUUA